UGAAUCUUUUUGUCAUAAACAUUUCAGAUACAUAAGAUGUUAGAGAUUAGAUUGCGGUUUAAAAUGUUUAAAUGUGGAGUGCGGUACUGGGUGAUACGCGUUCGAAGAUAAGACAACUCUGAACCGCAAGCCGUGAUUUGACUUGAGACGAUUACUCAUUGACGAUUACAUCUAAGAAUUGUCUACCUCUAGUUUCUGCUUUCAGGAAUCUGUUUGUUUUUGGCAUACACGUACUAUUGUUUUUAUCUUCAAUUUAGAUGCGUGCCUCGACUAGAGGAGAGAUGAGUGCAUCGAAACUCGUUGGCUUGUCAACUCGUCAGUUUUGUUAAGACUUUCGGUGAAACCGCACUCGUAUUCCGACGCUCUGAUCAAUUAUUUUCUUUCAAUUGAUUAUUGAGACGGAAGAAUAUCUGUUAAUUAUUCAAGUGAAAAUUAAUUCAUAUUAAAUAAAACUUUAUUUCUACUGUUAAUUUAUAAUUUAUAAAAUAGCUAAAUUUUAUAAAGCUUAACAACAGCAUAUUUAAUAACAGCAUUCACGUCACGUGAUAAAUGUGCUCUCCAAAACAGAGAAUCAGUGUAUUAUCACUGAAAGAGUAAAUAGUUAUUGACGAUUAAUUUAUAAAUUAUCAUUGUAAAUAAAAAAAAGAUUUCACUGAAAGAAUUAAUAAUAUUGGUGAGCGAUGUAAAACGGAAGCAUAAGGUGCAUGUGUUUAUACUGAAGAUCAGUGAAAUACUCAUUAAUUCUCAGUAAAAUUCUUUUUUGUUUCUAUCAGUAAUAUUUUCACUGGUUCAUUGAGCGCAAAGAGUUUACAAGAGCGCAAAGAAUUACAAGUGUAUGUAGUUUACACAAGUGCGUACAGUUUAACUAAGUUUAAGUGCGCACGAGUUUACACGAUCAUAUAAAAUUACAAUAUAUUAUAUUUGGAAGGUAGCAUGGGAGAUCUAUGCAAGUAGAAGUAUAAGAAUAUCUUGAAUUACAACGAAAUCUCUAAUUAUUAGCGAACAUUAUCGUCAUGCCUGCGUCGGAAAGUCAACGUGCUUAAGUUUUGGUUAAUUUUAGACACUGAAUCGGUAUCGCGAGGAAGCUGGUGGCGAGGAAACGCGUGUGCAGGAAAUACUGUGCGGUGAACAAGUAUCACGCGUACGUGUCAAUACACAUAUGUCGGUAUCAUAAUUAGUAUUUUUAGCGGGCCAUCGCAACAGUUUCGUUUUGUGCCGCGCGAUGUCAACACGCAAUAUUUCAAUGUGAGUCAAUUAACAUCGUGGAAUACGUUAUAAAAAUUUUCAAGCGUCGCACCUGCAACUGAACGUUUGGAGCUUAAUGUUUCGGGCUUAGCGUUAAUUUACAAUUUACGUUAUUGUUACGUAAAUUGCAUUAAUUAUUUUGAAAUGAUGGGGAUUAGAGCAAUUAGUUUGUUCGCAUUUUGCGUGCUCGCCCUGUUGGAUAAUAACGGUGUAACAGAGGGUCACAGUGUGAAAGAUUAUUUACGGGGUUUUCUCGCGCUGAAACAAAUAACAAAUCUUCGACAUGGAAUUCUCCCAGGCACUCUUUGGUGUGGCCGGGGAAAUAUUGCCCGCGAGGAUUCCGAAUUGGGCACAUAUACAGAGAUGGACAAGUGUUGCAGAACUCACGAUCGCUGCGAAGACUACAUAAGACCGAAGGCUACGAGAUACGGGCUGUACAACAAAUACAUUUGCAGGAGUUCGUUGUGCGAGUGCGAGUUGCAAUUUUACAACUGUUUGAAGCAAAUACGCGGAUUCUACGCAUAUUCCGUAAGAAAUAUAUACUUUAGACAAUGCAAACAGUGUUUCCGCACUUUCUACGAUGCUGAGGAGUGCGUGAAAGAGGGUCUUAAUAUAAUCGACGAGAUGGACCGUAAGGAUCGUCGUGUUUUCUGCGCGAAGUUUGACCGAAUUCCAAAAUGGGGCCAACACAACAUUACAACGCCGGAAUUGAUCUCCGCUACCAAACUUUCAACUUGGGACGAUGAUGAAUCUAUACAACUUGUUUCGCGCUUCUAUUCCGGGGAAGACGGAAAGUAUUUUAACGACAACGGGAAUGAGGACUACGAAGAAAACGGCAACGCUUCCUACGAAAGUUACAAAUCAAUCGAGGACAAUAAUUAAUGUACUUUAAUUCUAUGGUAUACGUUUACAUUUAUCGACAUUGUUGAAAACGAGUUAUGAUUUCUUGGAGAAUGUUUUCUUCUCAAGUUCCAACGACUUUAACUCAGGAGUGCUACUAUUGAAUUUUCAUUUAAUUGCUAAUUUAAGUUUAAUAAAGCUUUCAAAAUAUAUGUAUGAUAGCUUGAAAUAAUAUUUAUUGAGAUUUUGUAUACAUUAAAAUUAUAUUGAUUUAGUUUAUUUAAAUAUCUUGCCCCCUAUGAAAUAGAAAAAGAAAUAAGAAACAUUCUUAAUUUUGUGAGAAAAUUUUUACGCAUAGUAAUUGUAUUAAUGUAGAAAAAAUAUUAGUAGCACUCCAAGGUACAAGUGUUAGAGAAGAUAGGAUUAAAUAUCUAUUCAGACCAAUUAUAUGAAAAUCAACGUACAUAUUUGGAACAAACCUAUAAUUUCGUAUAUUUUUUAUUUUACAAAAGCUGAUCCGACGGUUAAUUAAAUAGUCUUCAUAUUACGUAUCGAGCGUUGUUCAGUUAAAAGCAUUUCGAAAUUUUCAUGCCCUGAGAAUAUAGAAUAACGUUUUAGAAUAAUGCUUCAUUAUUUCCUGACAAUCUGAACAUAUUUUAUGUAUAAAUGCUUCUGAUUCAA